AUGCAUAUCGUAGGUAGGACAUGUUCAGCGAUUAAAACAAAUGAGAUAGCAAUGAGUGUGGUCCCGUUAUCUCCAAUCAACCCGCUGCUCAAUGAGUUAGUACUCGUGACAACAGAGGGCAGCAGCGCCCGCGCGCGCGCGCUUGAAAGAAUCCCCCGGCACGGUGUGACCACCUGGGCUAAUGACCGCUUUGUGUUUUGGCAGGUGCGGGCGGGCAGCCCCGUGGAUCUGGAGGCGGUGAAGACGCUGCUGUCGUUCAAAGCCGGCCGCAACAACGUGGACGUCGCCGCCGCUGCCGCCGCCAUCGCCGCCGCCGGCCGCGCAGCGCACCCGCUAGACAAGAAGCGCAAGUUAGCAGCAGCGGCAGCCGCAGCUGGUUACGACUUCAGCAACCAGAUGCCACCACUCAACUUGCCCACGCCGCAGCCUUCGGACUCGGAGAGCGAGGAGUUGGAGCUGCCUCUGCGCAAGCGCGCCUGCCGCCAGUUCGCCAGCGACUGCCAGCUUGCCCGCGUGAGUGUCUUGUACUGUCCUAGCGUCGCUUCCCGCCUUCGUCGCUUCGGCGCCCGCCCGCCGCCCUUGUUCUUUGGAGCGAAGGACCGCCUCUGUCCAGUAUGUGUGGCUCCGCUGCUGCGAGGCUUGUGUGUGUGUGUGUGA